UUUCAGUUUUAACCAUAUCACUGUGUCUGCAAACAGUUUGCACUCAGUUUGUCAGGAGAGCAGCUUUCUGUUUUGAUGAUACCUUCAUCUUCGAAAAAAGACAUGCUUGAUAAGCUAGUUCAAUGUUAAGAUGUUUUACCUAGAAGAUGAUAGUGAAGAUGAAGAGAAGGUUUCUGAAGACCCGUUAAGUAAAACUCGAGAUGUUUGCCAUGACAAGGCCCCUCCUGGUAUCCUGUCUCAAACCAUGAAUUAUGUGGGACAGCUGGCCGGGCAGGUGAUUGUCACCGUGAAGGAACUCUACAAGGGCAUUAACCAGGCCACCCUCUCUGGGUGCAUUGAUGUCAUUGUGGUGCAGCAGCAGGAUGGCACCUAUCAGUGUUCGCCUUUCCACGUUCGGUUCGGGAAGCUGGGAGUCCUGAGAUCCAAAGAGAAAGUGAUUGACAUAGAAAUCAAUGGCAAUGCGGUGGAUCUUCACAUGAAAUUAGGUGACAACGGAGAAGCUUUCUUUGUGGAGGAGACCGAAGAGGAAUAUGAAAAGCUUCCUGCUUACCUUGCCACCUCACCAAUUCCAACUGAAGAUCAGUUCUUUAAAGAUAUUGACACCCCUUUGAUGAAAUUGGGUGGAGGUGAAAGACCAUCUCAGAGUUCAGACAUCUCACACACUUUGGAAACAGAGACAGUUUUCACUCCAAGUUCUGUGAAAAAGAAAAAACGAAGGAGAAAGAAAUGCAAACAGGACAGUAAGAAGGAAGAGCAGGCUGCUUCUCCUGCUACAGAAGACACCUGUGAUGUGGGCAUUAGCUCUGAUGAUGAGAAGGGCGCCUGCUCGGCAAGAGGAUCUUCAAAUGCUUCCUUAAAGGAAGAAGAAUGUAAGGAGCCUUUACUCUUUCAUUCCGGGGAUCACUACCCCUUAUCUGAUGGAGAUUGGUCCCCUUUAGAAAACCCCUAUUCCCAGGCAGCAUGUCCUAAGAGUGAUUCAGAGCUGGAGGUUAAACCCACCGAGAGCCUGCUCAGAUCGGAGUCUCACAUGGAGUGGACGUGGGGCGGGUUCCCAGAGUCCACCAAGGUCAGCAAAAGAGAGAGAACUGACCAUCAUCCCAGGACAGCUACAAUUACACCAUCAGAAAAUACCCAUUUUCGGGUAAUUCCCAGUGAGGACAACCUCGUAAGUGAAGUUGAGAAGGAUGCUUCCAUGGAAGACACUGUCUGUACUAUUGUGAAACCCAAGCCCAGAGCCCUGUGUAAGCAGACGAGCGAUGCCACUUCUGCUGCAGAACUCCUCCAGCCUCCUCUUGAGAGUCCUCAGAUUUCAUCUAUGUUAGAUGCGGACCACCUUCCCAGCCUGUCCUCCAUGGAGGCUGCUUCAGAAUCCAAACCAGCAGCCAAAGUAGACUCGCCAUCGAAGAAGAAAGGUAUUCACAAGAGAAGCCAGCACCAGGGACCUGAUGAUAUUUACCUUGACGACCUAAAGGCUCUAGAGCCUGAAGUUGCAGCUCUCUAUUUCCCUAAAAGUGAAUCGGACCCCAGCUCCAGGCAGUGGCCCGAGUCCGACACACUCUCCGGCUCCCAGUCUCCACAAUCCGUGGGAAGUGCGGCUGCUGAUAGCGGCACCGAGUGCCUCUCAGAUUCUGCUAUGGACUUGCCCGACGUCACCCUCUCCCUGUGCGGGGGCCUCAGUGAGAACGGAGAAAUUUCUAAAGAAAAAUUCAUGGAACAUAUCAUUACUUAUCACGAAUUUGCAGAAAACCCCGGACUCAUAGACAAUCCCAACCUUGUAAUACGGAUAUAUAAUCGUUACUAUAACUGGGCUUUGGCUGCUCCCAUGGUCCUCAGCUUGCAGGUGUUCCAGAAGAGUUUGCCUAAGGCCACAGUUGAAUCCUGGGUUAAAGAUAAGAUGCCAAAGAAAUCUGGUCGCUGGUGGUUUUGGCGUAAGAGAGAAAGCAUGACCAAACAGCUGCCAGAAUCCAAGGAGGGAAAAUCUGAGGUGCCGCCUACCCGUGACCUGCCGUCAAGUGCAAAGGAGCCAGCAAGUGCCAGGCCGGCUGAGGAUGAUUCCUCGAGUGACGAGGGGUCACAGGAGCUUGAAGAAUCGAUCAAAGUGGACCCCGUCCCUGUGGAGCUCCUGAGCCACGGCAGCACAACUUCGUACAAGAAGUCCCUCCGGCUCUCCUCAGACCAGAUUGCAAAACUGAAGCUCCACGAUGGCCCCAAUGAUAUUGUGUUUAGUAUUACAACCCAGUAUCAGGGUACCUGUCGCUGUGCAGGGACCAUUUACCUGUGGAACUGGAAUGACAAGAUCAUCAUUUCCGAUAUCGAUGGAACAAUAACCAAGUCCGAUGCUUUGGGACAGAUUCUCCCACAGCUGGGUAAAGACUGGACUCAUCAGGGUAUAGCAAAGCUCUACCAUUCCAUCAACGAGAAUGGCUACAAGUUUCUAUACUGUUCGGCCCGUGCCAUUGGCAUGGCUGACAUGACCCGGGGUUACCUGCACUGGGUCAAUGACAAGGGCACGAUCUUGCCCCGGGGCCCUCUGAUGCUGUCCCCCAGCAGCUUGUUCUCCGCCUUCCACAGGGAAGUGAUAGAAAAGAAACCAGAGAAGUUCAAGAUUGAGUGUCUAAAUGAUAUCAAGAAUCUGUUUGCUCCAUCCAAGCAGCCCUUCUAUGCUGCCUUUGGAAACCGUCCAAAUGAUGUCUAUGCCUACACACAAGUUGGAGUUCCAGACUGUAGAAUAUUCACUGUGAACCCCAAAGGUGAAUUAAUACAAGAAAGGACCAAAGGAAACAAGUCAUCGUACCACAGGCUGAGCGAGCUUGUGGAGCACGUGUUCCCACUUCUCAGUAAGGAACAGAAUUCUGCCUUUCCCUGCCCAGAGUUCAGCUCCUUCUGCUACUGGCGAGACCCGAUCCCUGAAGUGGACCUGGACGACUUGGCCUGAGGUGGCAUCUCCAUCGGACAGGCAGGGCUCAGUCUUCUCACAGCAGGGGAAGGUGACUGGCCCUUCUGCCAACCUUGGACACUAGCUUUCCCGAGCAGGGCCAGGGGCUCCUGGAGUUGGCACCGGCAUCCUCCUUUGCCUUCCCAGGCUGGCUGCUCGGGCUCUGCAGGUCUACACCUCAGCGCCCGGAGGGAGAAGGGAAGGGCUUGGCCUGGGGCCAGAGGCCUGUUCUUCCCUCCCCUGUGGGCUGCACACGUGCUUCUUAUCAAGUUGUGUGCUGGGUGCUCCUUUCAUUGCAUAAUUUAAAAGGAAGAAAAAAAGCUUAAAAAGAGUGGACCAAAACAUUACGCAAAGUAAAGUGUUAUAAUUUCCACUGGGCAGUUGAGAUGGUUUCUCUCUGUAACCAGGGCUUUCUUCAGCGGGUCAGGGUCCUCUGAACUGUGGCAGGUCCCGUUAGUGAUAUUGGCUGAAACUACCUGUGCACGUUUCGCCUUUGGGCACCUCAUUUCCUGCUACACUGAAUGGGACAGCUGCUCCAGUGAGCCAAGUUGGGCGGGAUGCCCCCAGGAUCCAUGCACCAGAGCCGCAGAGCCCAGCCCUGCAGACUUGGGCUUCUGGAGGAGAAAAUCCCCUUAGAUCAUCUUCUCGUCUGUGACUAAUCCACGAUGAGAGACUUUUAUUUCUUAGACCUAACCAGAAGAAGAGAUCUUGCAGGUAUUUGAUGUCUGUAAUAAAAGUACUAAUGGUGAGAAAGUUGGGUUUGAAGACAAACAAAAACAUGCCAACAACUGUGUUUUCAGGGAGGCCCAGAAAUGCAGAUGCACACUUGCACUGGGUCCUGGGAAGAGGACCAUUUCCCUCUGCCAGUUGCCUGGCUUAGGUGGGCUUUUUGGUGUCUUGCAUUGUGACAGGAUUUCUAGAAUUCUGUGGUCCAGAUUUGCCAGGGAAAUGCAGUGAAGCUUGCUUGAAGGCCACUGGCCAGCAGUGUUUGGAUUUGGCAUUUGGAAUCAACACCCUGUAAUAAAGCCCAUGGACACAUGCAAGAGAGGGGCCUUAGAGCUCCUGUUGAGCAGACCACCCCUCCACAGUGUCCCCAGCCCACGUUCUGACCCCUCUAGCUGGGGAUUCCUGUGGUCAGCGGUGCAGAGGCUGCCCUGUUAGAUCCAUGACGGUGCAGCUCCAUUUAUUGACCUGGUUGUAAUGAGCUCAUGUCAAAUGUCCAAACUAGACAGUACCAGGGAAGGGUUGUGUGCAGUCCGCCCCUCCAGAGCUUGCGAUUUGCUGGGUGUUGGUGGCCACUGCAAUAUUGACACCAAGAAAACUACUGGAGAGGAGAAUUCUAGGGCACCAGAAACGACCCCCAGUCAUAGUCCUCCAUUGUUGAAAACACAGGAGGUGGAGGUUGCUGAGCAAAGAGGAGCUGCAGAUACAGACUCUGUGCUCUUGGGAAAGUUUCAUUUCCAACUCUGUGUCCCUGCAGUCAUAUUUAGAGGGCCUCCUGUUUUAGUUUGCUUUACCCAAAAUAAUACUGCUCUAGAGAUAGGGAAUAGGGGUGGUUAUUUUUCCAGAUUGGAGAGUUGAAAGUCCAUGACUGAUUGCAGCCACUUUUUCCUAGUGCUGUUGGAUGCAGAGACAAUGUUGAAAUCCCUUGAGCACAAUUCCCAGUGGGAAAACCUAGGAGGCGCAUGUUCCCAGAGAAGGGACAACACAAGCUUUCUGUGGUGCAAACCUUGCCCCCCCUUAAGUAGUUCACGGAACUAAUUGUUUAAUCAGUUUAUUUAUAUAUAGUAGGUUAGAGAUCCUAGGUUAUGUUUGUAUGAAGUUCUGCCCAGUUAGUGAGUUAAAAUUCUAGUAGAGCAGCCAUGUAGCCACUUUAUUUCGUAGAUGCCGUCACCACGUCCUCGACUGCCUUCUAUUUAGAGGAGGAACGAGAACUUUAUGUGCUUAACCUGAGCCUAGUAGGACUUCUUUGCAUAUGUGUGGUACCGAACAUCUUAAUAUACAUCUUCUUCAGUUCUUUUUAGGUUGUCCUUUAAAGAGUUUUUGAGUAGGUAGUUUGUUUCUUUUUCUUGAUAAGCUUUUCUCUUUGGACACAUGGCCUUGUUAGAGGGUCCAGUCUAGGACCUGGAUCUCCCGGCCCUGUGUUGAGAGUGGCUGGCCCCUCUGCCCUGGUGUCCAUUAGCACUAGACUUCGUUGCUGCAGGUUGAUCCAGUGGGUACAUAGGCUAAUUAAUGUGAGUCUUUUUCCUUGUUUAAAGGAGUCCUUCUUGCUGAAAGUAGAUGAUUACUUUUGCUGUAGUGUUAAUGAAAGUUUUAAGUUUGUGCUGAAAAUCCAUUGCCAUUUUGGUACAAAUGACAUUUGUUCUUUCUGUGAAAGAGAGAUGCCCUCGAGUGUGUUUGUACACAAACCCUGAGGAUGGUGAAUUGAAGCAUCACCCUCGCUCUGUCUUCAGUGCCGGGUGAUGCGGCAGGGAGAUUGUAGGCACAUUGGGCUCUACAUCAUUCUUUCGGUUGCUCCAGUGGUGAAAAAGGUCCGUUUCCUUCUUUGCAAUGCAGUCUAACUCUCGUAUUUGCUUUGGUGUCCGAGUGUUGAAGCUCGUCCUGCCGCCAUCUGCCUCUUGUCAGGCUGUGCGAGGUGCACAUGUGGGCCUGGAGCAUGCAGGCAGCCUCCACGCUUGAGUACUGUGUUUUGCUGUGUUUAAAAACAUCUGCAUAGUUUUCAACUGGAAAAAGAAAAAGCUUAUGUAUGUGAUGUUCUAAAAUGAAAGCUGCUAAAAAUCAUAGGGAGAACAGCUGAGGAACAGAGCGGACGGGAUAACUGGGAGGGCUCUGCCCCAGCACGGCCUACCCGGCUGUCGGCCGCACGCAGCCCUGCAAGGUUUGCUCGUGGGCGUUCAGGCGUGAACUCUUACGGGACAAACAGAAGUUGCUCUUUCACUUUUUGCAAGUUGGUGAAAACAGACUCUUCCAGGGAGUUUUAUCUUUUUUAGUAUCAUCCUAUGUACUCUGGGAAGCCUUGUUUUCCCAAUUUUUGGAGCUUACUGUGAUUAACAAAACCGGUUAAAAAUUGAUUUUCCGUAAAAAGUGCUCUUUCCAGGUGAAAACUACUUUGGGGUUUGGUUUGAAGGUGAGGAAUGGAGGGGAACCUUUGUUCUUUUAAUUUAAUAAUUAUGUUCAGCCUAUGAUGACAAGUAUUUGAUUAGACAGCAAUGUCACUAAUAAGUUUUAAGUUGUCAAAUUAAUUGUAAACAUCAGUACAGUCUCUUAGUUAUGGUAAAGACAAUUGUCUUAAAACGAAUGGCUCAUAUUUUGGUGCAGUGUUUGAUGUUCAAAACAAAAUGUUACAAAAAUAAACAUAAACUGAAUGCA